AUGGAAGUCAUUCGAAAGUUCUUUUCUGAUUUGAAACUAGAUGGAGCUUGGAGUGUUCCCAAAGAAACCAUCUAUAUAACUUACCCUGUCGUCGUAUGGUUUCUCUCCAUCCCUAAAUUUUAUCCGGUUCAUACUCGGCGCGAGAGGAAGGGAGCCACUCUCUUCUUCUUCAGUCUCUCCUCCGCUCCCAUCUCCUUCGCGCCGCAAAACCCUAAUCUCACUGUACUUCGCGCUCGCUCCUCGCCUCUCGCUAUUCCUGCCUCAGCUGAUCAUAAUGCCAUUCUUCACCAACGGUGUGCAGUUCCUUUCCUCUCCGCGAAGGUGCUACGCACCGCAGCGCCAACUAUCCCCGUCGAAGAAGAGCUCCUAGACAUAUCUAAAAUUGGCAUAUCGGAACAGAUCGUUACUGCUCUCUCUCGCCGGGGUAUCACUGAGCUGUUCCCCAUUCAGAGAGCUGUCUUGGAACCUGCGUUGGAAGGCCGUGAUAUGAUUGGAAGGGCUAUCACUGGAUCAGGAAAAACUCUUGCGUUUGGCAUUCCCAUAUUGGAUAAAAUUAUCCGGGAUCAAAAUCAAAGCUGGAAAAAAAGAGUUCCUUCUGCUCUUGUAUUGGCCCCUACACGCGAGCUAGCACGUCAAGUGCAACGAGAAUUCGAAAUUUCCGCUCCAAAAUUGCGAAGUAUUUGCAUUUAUGGAGGAAUACCAAUUAUGAGCCAAGUUCGUUCACUAGGAUAUGGCAUGGAUAUUGUUGUUGGAACACCGGGGAGAAUUAUUGACCUUUUUGAAAGGGGCGCCUUAGAUCUUUCUGAAGUCAAAUUUGUUGUGCUGGAUGAAGCUGAUCAGAUGUUAGCUGUAGGCUUUCAGGAGGAUGUGGAACGCAUUUUAAGUUACCUACCUAGAGAGAAACAAUGCAUGCUAUUUUCUGCAACAAUGCCUCAAUGGAUUCAUGAUCUGUCGAGGAAGUAUUUGAGGGAUCCCAUAGUAGUAGAUCUGGUUGGAGACUCUGCUCAAAAGUUAGCUGAGGGUAUCUCCCUCUAUUCUAUUUCGUCAACCUCUUUUAACAAACAAAAUCUCCUUCCAACUUUGAUUUCAAUGUAUGCUCAAGGAGGUAAAAGUAUAAUUUUCACAAAAACAAAGAGAGAUGCGGAGUCUCUCUCGAGGUCCAUGGGAGUUAUAAUUGGGAGCAAAGCACUACAUGGAGACAUGCAGCAGUCCCAGAGGGACAAAACUCUCGCUGCUUUCCGUGAUGGACGGUUCCAUGCAUUAGUUGCUACAGAUGUCGCUGCACGUGGUCUUGAUAUUCCUAAUGUUGAUCUGGUUAUUCAUUAUGAAAUUCCAAAUACUUCUGAGAUUUUUCUUCAUAGAUCCGGCAGAACUGGCCGAGCUGGUAAUAAGGGGACUACAGUGCUUAUGUUCACUGAAGGUCAGCGACGCACAGUUAGAAGCAUUGAGCAUGAUUUAGGAUGCAAGUUCGAUGAGGUAUGCACUUUAAUAUUUUGA